UUUUAUUUUAUUGUACGUAUUUGUUGUCCGCAAAUGAAUAAGAAUUGCCUCGUGGGUCUCUGAACUUAGUUUUGAUGGUAAUGUUGAGUGAAAUUUUCUCACUUUGCUUAGAAAGUUUGGGGCUUGAAAAUUUAUGGGUAUUCAGGAUAAUCGGUAAAUGCAUGGGGGAGAGGGAUUAGUAUUUUAGGUUUGUUUUAGCUUUUCUUCCAUCUGUUCUGAGAAAAGAGAAGCACAGAAAAUAUUAGAAAUGAAAAACAAAAGUUGGGUUGGAUUUAGAAUGUUGAAAAUUUCCAAUAUUAGUUUUCAAUUUAUUAUUAUUAUUAUUAUUCUUUUAAUAAAAUCUUCUAUGUGUUAGAGGAUUGGAUUUAGAAUAGAAUGGUGGAAAAUAAUUCAUUAUACAUCUAUAGCCUACCCCAAAAUUUUGGGAGUAAUUUUAUUUAUUUUUGAUGAUUUGAUCAUUAUAACAAUGGAGGAAGGGGACUUAGAACCCACAAAGGAGAGCAGGCAAUGCCGUUGGGCUACAAGGCUAUUUGCUUUUGGGAAUAAGGAUUGGUUGUUGUAAAUCCUUUAUGGUAUUUUCACAAAAAGUUCCUGAAAAUUUUUUUAUGAAUGCAUACUUUGAUAGCAUACCCAGAGGCGUAUUCUUCUCUAGAACUCUUUGCAGAAUGUCAAAAGCCAAAAGGUGCUGUUAUGAUAGCUAGAGACUAAUUUGACAAUGGGUUAUGUGUUGUAGGAGAAUCAUCAAUAUUAUGGAUGUAAGUUUUCCUUUAGACAAGGCCAAGAAAAAAAAGUUCAGAAAGAAACAGAAUGCUAAUAAGAGCAGAAAGGGAAUCAACAAUUUACCAGACCCAAUUCUUCAGCACAUUUUGUCAUACCUUUCAACCAAAGAAGCUGUUAGAACGAGCAUAUUAUCAAAAAGAUGGAAAUACCUAUGGACAUCCAUCCCCAAAAUUGAUUUUAAUGAAGGGGCACCGGAUAGGAGGAUGAUGUUCAUGAAAUUUGUGGAAAGAGUGCUUGCACUUCAUGGUCCCUCAAACAUAAAAAGAUUCUCUUUGUCAUGUAAUGUGCAAUAUGAUACAUCUCGCAUUAAUGGUUGGAUGCGUUCUGUUGUGAAGCAUAAGGUUCAAGUGUUAGAUCUGUAUCUUAGAAACUUUCAAGAACCGUUAGCAUUGCCGCCUUGCUUAUUUACUUGUGAAUCAUUAGAAGUAUUGAUACUUCACAUGUUCCACUCUCUCAAGCUCCCUUCAAGUAUUAGUUUUUCUUGUCUGAAGAGAUUGACUCUUGAGAAAGUUAUAUUUUCUGAUGAUCAUUCAACACAACAGCUCUUUACGGGUUGCCCAAUCCUGGAGGACUUAUUUAUAAUUGAUUGCAUUUGGAAAUAUGUCAAGGCUGUUUGUAUCUCUUCUCCAAUGCUUCGAAGGUUGUUCAUAAGUGAUAGAUACUUAUUCACUGAAAAAUAUGGUGAAAAUGAUGAUAAAGAUGACCUGAAUGCUGAUGCAGAUGAGAAUGAUUCAAAUGGUUGUCUAGUUGUGAUUUUGGGAACUAGUUUGGAAUGGUUUGCUUUUGAUGGUGAACUCAUAAAUGAUUAUUGCUUCUACAACUCAUCCUCAAUAGUUGAUGCAUCUAUUGAAGCCUUCGAAAGAAACGAAGUUGAUUGUUACCAAGAUGCUCAUCGUGUAUUUAAGCUUCUUAGUGGGCUCAGUAGUGUGGAAAAGCUAGCAAUAUAUGAUGGUACUGUUCAGGUUCUUAAUCAUGCAGAAGAGUUAUUUGCCCAUCUGCCUGUAUUUUACAAAUUGACUAGACUCAGCUUGGAAAGUCUGGAAACCUUGUUUACUUGUGGAGCAGUACAGACCAUACUCCAGAACUCUCCUUGUCUUGACUUUCUUGAGUUUCAAAUGGUGGUCUGCCUACCUGCAUAUGAUCAAAAUUAUGAUUGGGUAUUGGAUCCAGUGCCUGCAUGUUUUGUGACACACCUCAAGACUAUCAAAAUUUCUGAAUUUCCACGAGAUGAAAAUGAGAUGAAUGCAGUAAAUAUUUUUCUUGAGAAUGCAUCAGUUUUGGAGAGGAUUGUCAUUGGUUGUGAUGAAUAUGUUGCAAUCCAAAGGGAGGAGGGGGGGCUUAAAGAAGCAAAAGGAAAUUUAUAAACAGAUACUGAGUUCCCCAGAGGGCCAAUGAGCUGUGCAGUAGAUUUCUUUUUGGGUUUCAAUCAAAUACAGAUCACUGCUCUCAAGUUUCCAUAUUGCGGCUAACUGAAACAUGAAAAAUUAUGGCAUAUUUUCUAACUUCUUAAUUUACCUUUUGUGAUUCUCUUUCUUUGACUCUUCAAGCAAUUUAAUGUGUUGGUUACUUUAACUCCUUCAAGCUAUACAGUUAUGUUUUGAGAGCUUCGGGUCAUCAAGUGUCACCUUUGUGACGUGUAAUGCAAUGUUAUGUUCCCAUGAACAUCUAGGCUCAAAAUUCAUAUUACAUAAUGGUUGCUGUGCACC